AUGAUGGGUGACGCCCUGCCUCUGGAAGACGGAACAUACGGUAUCAAAGGCCUUCCUCGGCCACCGAAUGCCGUGAGAUACCCUGGAGAGGUUCUCUACGUUGAGGGUCUUCCGGUCCGUAAGGAGAUAUCGUCUCUUGCCAACUCAGACGAUCCAGGAGAGAAGAAGCAAUGGACGCUAUUUGUCUUAGCCUUGGAACGGUUCAAGUCAAUGCCCAUCGAUGAUAAGCUUUCCUACUUCCAGAUUGCCGGAAUCCAUGGAUAUCCAGAGGUUGCCUGGGAUGGAGCGCCUGAGCCCAAACACGCGCCGGACAAGAAGGCCAAAAAGGCUGGUGACCAGCCUUUCGGCGGGUAUUGUAAUCAUAACAGCCUAAAUUUCCCGGCCUGGCAUAGACCUUAUAUGCUUCUCUUCGAGCAACGGAUCUGGGAUAAUAUGAAGCUGAUCAUCAACGACUGGGUAAGCAAGCAUGGGCUACCAAUCUCAGAGGCAGAUGAGUGGCGACAAAAGUAUCAUGAGGACUUGGUUUGCCCUCCAGUUCUCACGCAAGGAGCCAUGCGCAUCUACCCACCUACUGUGAUAAAGAACCAGUUUCAUCAAAGCGGUCUGUACUCCAAUCCAUUAUUAGGCUUCGAGAAUCCGGAAAAGGAUCCAGAGACAGGGAAGCCGUUACCAUUUGGCAGCAUGCCAGAAGACAAGACCAAAUGGAAUAUCCAAGACAACCCAAUAAUUCAUGAUGAACUUCCGCUCAAGAAAGUCUGCGACUGGGCUCCAAACAUCUCCGAAGAAGAGAAAGAUCCCGCCCAUCAUUUUACUGGUCUCCAUGGAGUAAGGAACUGCUGGCAAGCGAACUCCAGCCUCGCAAAAGUUCACGAGAAUGGUCCUGAUGGUAAACCCAAGUGGAGCACAAUGGACCAACAUUCUAAGGACAAUACAUGGAAUCCCGGUAGCCUCUCAGAUGCAGUCAAUCGCAUGCAAAGGAUGUCCAAAAACAGGUUACAUCUCUCUGGAAAUCUCACCGGAGGAAGUGACUAUGCAACUGGGAUGGGACACAUGAGCGACGUUCCAGUAGCAGCCUUUGAUCCCAUCUUUUGGCUUCACCAUGUACAGAUAGACCGUUUGUUGGCCAUAUGGCAAUGCCUCAACCCGAAGCUAUGGUUUGACAACGAAAAGCCAGGCGAUUCUGGCACUACAGGUACGACAGCUUCUAGUGUCGCCGACGACAAGGAGACAGACCCUCUUGAACCGUUUCACAGAAAGGACAAUGAUCCGGAAAAGGAAGUUUGGACUGCACAAGCGUGCCGGGAUUGGACAGAGUUGAACUAUCAAUAUGAUGACCUUACAGAAGUCACAGACAGGACAAUACGAAAGCACGGGCGAUUUAUUCCGGGGGAGUUCCAGAAAGAGCUGAGUUCCCACAUCGACACGAUCUACCCAGGUACAAGACUUGUUAUACAAUCGAUGGAGGAAGCCAAUGAGACCCGCGGCAGCCUACAAUCAUGUCAGGGUCAGAGGGGGUCAUGGAAAGAUUACAUCGUCAACGUGGUGUAUGACAGAUACGCCCUGAAUGGCCUGUCCUACACAAUCGAAUUCUUUUUAGGUGGACCACCGGGCGAAGACACGACCAACUUCGAGAAGCACAAUUACGUCGGCCACGUGUACUCCUUUGGGGGUAGGCAGAGUACAUCAGAAAGCUCUUGCAGUAAUUGUAGGAGACAAGCUGAAGCACAGGUCCUCUCGUGUGCUCAGGUCCCUCUGACGAUCCAUCUGCUUCACCAUAUCAGAGACAACGUUCCCGAUCACUCAAUCACAGACCCCGGGGAGGUUGAAGAGUAUUUAAAACUUCAUCUUCGAUGGAAAAUCAUCAAAUAUGGUGGGGAAGUGGUGUCUGAAGAAGUAUUCAAGAAGGAUUUCUCAAAGCUCCGAAUUACGGUGCUGCGUGGCGUUGGCCAGCCCAAUUCAGGCAAAUUCGAGCAUACAAGCGAUGUACAAAUUGCCGCUUCGGUCUGUUGUUCGUACAGCGACUAUGUGCCAUUGCCAGAGGUCACUGAUGGAAAACCCGGUGGCUUGCAUAUUGACAAAGCCUCCGAGAACAACCAGCCAAUCAUUCUGCAGGACAAAGGCGCUGUGCAACCACUGCUCCCUAAGACAGCGAAAAUCAUUCGACUUACAAUGGACAACCAAGAAAAGACUGUCGACUCGUCGUCGCAGAGCGAGAAGGACAAGGAGUCGACGACUUCACCAAAAGCGACGCCACGACCACCGCCGAUUCUGUGUCUCGGCGCUCCCCGCACUGGUUCUGCAUCGCUUAUGAAAGCGCUGCAGAUUCUCGGAUAUCCUAAUGUGCACCAUGGAUGGGAGGCAGCUGAGCUUGAGGAACUUCAAUGGCAGUGGCCUAUUUUCGACAGAGCUUGCGACGCGACGUUUACCAAUAUACCAACAUACCGCGGCAAACCAUUCUCUCGAGCUGAAUGGGACGAAGUUUUUGGAGAAUACGAUGCUGUAUCGGAUGUCGCUUCUUUCUUCGCUGAGUCGUUGAUUCCAGCUUAUCCCGACGCCAAAGUCAUUCUUGUCGAACGCGAUAUCGAGAAGUGGUUUCCCAGCAUGCAUGCGGUGGUUAAAAGCUCAACAAGUCCCAUCCGACGAGCACUCGGAGCCAAAAUUGGCGACCUUUCAGGAUAUUUGAGUCCAAGGCCAUGCAACAAGCUUCAUCAAGGCUGGACGAGAGCGCCAUCUCCCAACGACGUGAUUGAAUACCUAAAGCCAGCAUAUAUCAGACAUAAUCAGUACAUCAGAGAUGCUGUACCUAAGGAGCAGCUAUUAGACUUCAAGCUCUCGGAUGGUUGGGAGCCGUUGUGCCAGUUUUUGGGAAAGGAAGUUCCUGAUGUGCCGUUUCCGCAUGUCAAUGAUUCAAAGGAGUAUGCGGAGAGGGGUAAGAGGUUGGGAAAUAAGAUGAUCAAACUUGCUCUGAGGAAUCUCAUCUUUCCUUGUUUGCGUCCUGAGCCUGUAAGCAGGACCUGA